AUGAGAUCCUUUCUUGCUGCUGUUGCUUCGCCAAAUCUAUUUGCGACGGGCGCGUGGGCAAGUCUGUUUGAGCCUGCCGACUUCAAUGCGACCAAGGCGCUGCUUGACUACGGGGUUAAUGUCACAGCUAUCCCCGGUCUGGCACAACUAGCAGAGUUGUCUUCGUCCACCGCCUGUUCCAUAGCAUGCUCCACACUCGCAUUUACUUUCGGUAACGGUAGCGUGCUUGGCCAAGGGAGUUCAGCGUACAAGAAUUUCACUGGCGACUACUGGGCGGCCCAACAAGCAGUAGUCAGUCCAUUGUGCGUAUUUAAGCCAAAUAGUGCCCCGCAGGUUUCGGUCGCUGUUUUACUAUCGCGGCUCACGCAGUGCCCUUUCGCUAUCAAAGGAGGUGGACACGCUGCGUUUGCAGGCGGAUCUAGCAUUGAAGGCGGUCUGACCAUCGCUCUCGAGAGGCUGAACGAAAAGAAACUGUCAUCGGAUCAAAAGAUAGCUACCGUUGGACCAGGAAAUCUUUGGCGCGAUGUGUACCCGUGGAUCGAGCAGUAUGGACGUGAAGUGAUUGGGGGUCGGAUAUCCUCAGUUGGAGUCUCUGGACUGACGCUGGGAGGAGGUAUUUCUCAUUACGCCAAUGCUUACGGAUGGGCUUGUGAUAACAUCGAUUCAUUCGAAGUAGUGACCGCUUCAGGCGCCAUCAUCACUGCAAGCGCCAGAGAGUUUCCCGAUCUGUACUGGGCUCUUCGCGGGGGUGGCAACAAUUUCGGCAUCGUCACUAGCUUCAAUAUGAGGACGUUCGUUCAAGGUCCCAUGUGGGGUGGACAGCGUGCUCAUACCGAAGACCAGUGGGGCAAGGUGUACCAAGCCUACUACAACUACGCCAUGCAUGCCGAAGAAGACACAAAGCAGGCCCAGAUUGUCUCAUUCGCGCUCCAGGGCGGCAUGAAGAUUGCAGCAGAAGAUCUGGAAUACUCUGAACCGACGCCAUGGCCCGCUGUAUUCGAUGAAUGGAAGGCCAUUCCAGCAAUCAUUGACCAAACCGCCGUAGCCAACAUGUCGACUUUGGCCAAUCAGCUUGGUGCAGGGGCUCCUGAUGGCGUGCAAGAGACAUACUGGGACCGCACUUUCAAGGUAGACAAGGAUAUCUUCAAGACAUUUAUUGACAUCUUUUUCGAUAUGCUCCCAGCCAUUGAGGACGCCGCUGGUAUCUUGCCGGUCCUCUCAUUCCAGGCAAUAACUGUUCCAGCCAUGCGCAGGAUGCAACAGAAUGGCGGCAAUGCACUGGGUCUCCAUCCCGACGACGGACCGAUCUUUAUCUGUAACCUUGCCAUCCUGUGGACAAAUGCUGCGGAUAAUGCGCGCAUCAUGUCGUUCAGCAAGGAGCUGUACGAGCGUCUGAUUGCUGAGGCUGAAGAGAAAGGGCUGAACAACGAGUACAUCUACAUGAACUAUGCAUCGCCAUACCAAGACGUUAUCAGCAGCUAUGGAGCUGCCAACAAGCAGAAACUAAAGGGCAUUGCGGCCAGGUACGAUCCCACGGGCGUAUUCCAGACACUGCAGCCUGGAUACUUCAAGCUCGAGGGAGCACCCUAUGGAGCGUUUUCUUCGUAG